GAACAACUAUGGGGGCAAACCUGCCUAUUCAAUUGAUCGAUGGUUCUUGCCGCACGAGGUAUUUAGCUUUAGCGUCCCAUCAGGAAGCUACUACUGCUUCCUUUACAUCUUCUCUUCUACCUUAACUAAGGACAGUCUCCCUUUCUCCCUUCUGGACUCCUACUUGUCGGCUGGAUAAAACCUGCCAACUCAUCAAUUGACCUGGAAUACGAUCAAUUAAUUCCCUUGGAUGACUCCCGGCUCUACUUGAAAUAUAGAUUGCUCCAAGUCUAUUACCAAGGUUACAUUUCGAACCCCAGAAACUAUGUCUACUAAGCCAAUCUUUGUGGCUACGCAUCCAAGAGCAUGCAGCACAGCCUUCGAGAGGGUCUUCAUGACCCGUCGAGAUAUUUUGGCUUGCGUCCACGAGCCCUUCGGAGAUGCCUUCUACUUUGGACCAGAGAGAAUGAGCACAAGAUAUGAGAAUGACGAGCAAGCUCGCGAGGAGAGUGGCUUUGCCAAUAGCACAUUCAAGACCAUACUCGAGAGAAUUGAACAGGAGAGUAAAGAGGGAAAACGCCUCUUCAUUAAAGAUAUGACCUAUUACCUCGUACCACCCAACGGACAGCUCGCAACUAUCGCGCCUUCACUUGGUGGAAAGACUGUCAAGAAGGGAGUUGGAACGAAUGGGAUGAAUGGUGAAAUGAACGGAACAAAUGGAACAAACGGAACAAAUGGAACAAACGGAACAAACGGAACCAAUAGAUUCGUCAACGGCCACCACAAGGCACCCUUCCCCUAUGAAACUGAAGCCGAAACCAGAAAUCCGACUGUGGUGCCAGCUGAGAUCCUGAAGCAAUUCCACUUCACGUUCCUGAUCCGCCAUCCUCGUCAUAGCAUUCCGUCCUAUUACCGUUGCACCGUUCCCCCCCUAGACAAAGUCACCGGCUUUUACGACUUCAUGCAAUCUGAGGCUGGGUUCGAUGAGCUCCGCCGUGUUUUCGAUUUCCUCGUCGAGAACAAACAAGUCGGCCCGACCCGUGCUGGUCAACAUGGCGAAUUGAAAGAUGGUGAAGUCAGUAUCACCGUCAUCGAUGCUGAUGACCUAUUGGAUGAUCCUGAAGGCAUUGUUUCGGCAUAUUGCAAGGAGGUCGGCAUUAAGUACGAUCCACAGAUGUUGAAUUGGGACGCUGAAGAAGACCACCAGAGGGCGAAGGAUGCUUUUGAGAAGUGGAAUGGUUUCCAUAAUGAUGCUAUCAAUAGCACUUCUCUUAAGCCGAGAGAUUCUGUACAUAAAUCGAAGACUGUUGAGAGUGAGGAUCGAGAAUGGCGUGAAAAGUAUGGAGAAGAGGGCGCCAAAAUCAUCAGGGAAUGCGUCAAUACAAACAUUGCGGACUAUGAGUACUUGAAGUCGUUCGCUAUCAAGGUUUGAGGCGCGGAAAAUUGGGGAUGGGGAGACGGACUUUACGAUGCGCUUCAAACAGUCUGCGUAAAAGUAACGAAUAAUGAUUAGGAAAUUGCUGAAGAUACGUUUUGUGUUUUGUUGUACAUCUAGAUUACGC